GAUCGGAUUAAACUAUCGCCCUUGGUCCUUCACAAACUAUAGUAUGCGCGGAGCAUAUUUACUGUGACACGACGAGGCUCCGUGGAUUAGAAUUUUGAUCUGCCCGGAGUACCCCUGAAGUACCCCUCCCCCCGUGUAUUUUACCAGUAAACCUAUGGUCUCAUGACAUAAGUAUUCUCCAGUACCACCCCUAUGGAUAGGCCAAGUACCCCAGGGAACGACUUGUUUAGUAGAUGAUUUCUUGACUUGGUGUCUGUUGUCUACUUGGUUGAGUUGAGACAAAUAAAGAGGGAGAUGGCAGUGCCAGCGGCCGGGGGCGUAGACCUCAGUCGGAAAUUUGUGUCAGAGACUGUGAUCGAGGAGAAGAGGAAGCAAAUCCAGGAGGAAUGGGAAAAAGUUAGGAAGCCAGAGGACCCAGAGGAGGCUCCUGAGGAAGAGUAUGAUGGGCGUUCACUCUUUGAGCAGCUACAGGAGCAGAAGGACAAGAAGCAGGAGGAGUAUGAUGAGCAGUUUAAAUUCAGAUCUCACAGUGCUCUGAAAAAGCUGGCAUCCAGUGAGAGUCGGAAGGAGCCAGAGAGGAGAGUGGGACCGAGACCAGCUGAGGUCAAGACCAGUCACCUGUCCCAGGCCCAUCUGUUGGCCGGGGCAGUCAAGCGACGCAGCUCCUCACAGUCCUCAGACAAUAGCAAGAAACAGAAGGUUGAGGAGUCUGCAGCAUGGAAUGGGGGCCAGACAGAGCAGGAGGCGGGCGGAGAUGCGGGUAAGCAGACCUCCACAGUAAAGACGACAGGCAUCCUCCACCUGCCAUCGGCCGCCGUGUGUGUGGGCAUCCUGCCGGGCCUGGGAGCCUACUCCGGCAGCAGUGACUCUGAGUCCAGUAGCGACAGCGAAGUUUAAAUCCCUGGCAGCCUAACCUGACGACAUCCCCCUGCGGCUGCAAGCUGUGCUAUUGGCCAAGGGAACAGUGACUGACAGCUUGGGAUCAAGGACAGGACUGCCACAUCACAUUCAUACCAAACCUUAGAAAACAUCAAGAAAGCAAGCCUGAGCUUUGUGGGCAGUCUCAGAUGCAAUGUAUGUGGAAAUAUUUUUCCUUUUAUUUUUGUGUAUUUUUGAAUGCGUCAGUGCAAAUAAUUCUGGAUUUGAAUGGACUUCUCUUCAUUGGAAGGUCGAGGCUUGGGGAGAAGAAAGUAAAGCGUUUUCUUUGUGUAUUUGGUGUGACGAGUUGAAUAAUGAAUGAAUGAUAAAUGGAAUGAAAUACAGUUUGAAUAAAAUGGAAGUGAUUUCUGUUUGUACUCA